CGAAAAUAAUACAUUUUGGUCGUAAUUUUAGUGGUAAUAUGGUUUGAAUUGGUUUAGUGAAUCUUUUAAAUCAUGUGUGACUCACCAAGUUCAGAUCAGCGGAGCAAACGUCGGCGGAUUGAUAAACAUGGUCGGUUUGCGGCUCUGGAAAAGCUGAGGAACGUAAAAGCGGGCGGCGGUAAGCAUAAAUACGAGGUUGACGAGCUAAAAAAUGUGUACGAUGAGGUGGACGAGACCGAGUACGCCAAGAUUGUGAACGAAAGGGCCCGGGAGGAUUUCGUUGAUGAUGAUGAUGGAUGUGGUUACGGAUACGUGGAGAAUGGCCGGGAAGUGUUCGACGAGGAUGAGCUGGAAGAAGAGGGACCCAGUCGCAGUAAAAAGGACAAGCAUCCAAAGGGAAAGAAACGAACGCGGGACGAAACGGCGGCUCCCGUGACGGGAAGGAAGUCCUUGAAGAACUAUUUCAACAAGGAACGUGAAGCGAAGGUGAAUAUUGCGGACGACGAUGUUCUGGCUGAUAUUUUGGGUGAGAUAAAUUCCGAGAAGGAUGGUGGUCAGAAGGAGAGUGCCGUUUCACAGGCAAAGGAGAUUCGACCGUUGAAGGUGAUCCCGAAGCCGAAGCCAGUAGAUAAGGAUGAGGAAAUGCGGAAGUACAUGGAAAAUUUCAGCAAGAAUAUCAAAAAGACCGAGAAGGUGGAGGAACCAGACAGCGAUGAGGAAAUGUUAAAUCGAGUUCUAAAGCAAAGCACUUCGGUUAGUAAGCCGAAGGUAGCGGCGCCGGUAGUGAGGAACGAUGCACCAAAGGUUGUUAAGGAAGCAUCUCCAGUAAAACCCAUUAGCAAGCUUGAGAUCAAGCCUGAGCCACCCCGAGCGGAAGAAACGGAAUUUUCGCAAUUGGGUAACGAUUUUCUGGAUGACGAUUUUGAUCUGACUGGAGCGGAAGCCGAAACGCAAGUAACCCAGAGACGUCCGAUGAGUCCGGUUAAGCAGGAAGCUAAGGAGGAAGUCAAAACUGAUUCCGAGAAACUGCUAAGCGGAUGGGAAAACAUUUGCGUUUCGGAACUCGACGACGAUAUGAUGGCCGAAAUGGAUACGAGUAUUUCGGAAGGUACCAGCUCUACGGAUGGCGAUGAGACAGUACGGUUUUGGUUCUGGGAUGCCUGGACAGAUCCGGGCAAGUGUCAGGGAGAGAUUUAUAUCUUUGGUAAGAUGGCCACGGGGAAUAAGCAAAACGAGUUUCAGUCGGUUUGUAUCCACGUGCAGAAUGUGGACCGUUGUAUGUACAUGUUGGCACGGGAGAAAGAGUAUGAUCCUCGAAGUGGAACGGAUACAGAUAAAGACGUGAGCAUGUUGGAUGUUUUCAACGAAUUCUGCACCGACAUCAGCACUAGGCUGAAGGUGACCAAGUACAGAACCAAAGUGGUGACGAAGAACUUUGCCUACACAAGUGGAAUGGCCAAUUUGCAAGUUCCAGCACAAAGCGAGUACCUGGAAGUUCGUUACAGUGCUAAGCUCCCCCCACCGGAAGUAGACCGGAAGUAUCGCACCAUUUCGAACAUCUUCGGAACCAAUACGAACGUUGUGGAGCAGUUCCUGCUGGAACGUAAAGUUAAAGGUCCUUGCUGGAUGGAGUUGAAGAAUUUCAAGAAGAAUUCCAGCCCUUCCAGUCAUAGUAAGGUGGAAUACAUUGUUCCGGAUAUCAAUUGCAUAAGCGUUGUCCAGGAUUCUUCUACUGCCGCGCCUCCUCCAUUGGUCAUCUGCGCCAUCAAUGUGAGAAGUAUCCUGAAUAAAGGAACGAACGAGAUUGCCAUGAUAUCGAUGCUGGUGCAUAAUCGAUUCCCUCUGAACAAGCCCGCUCCGAAUCCUCCCUUCAAUCGCCAUUUUUGCGGAGUUGCUCGUCCGAGCAGCACCAGUUGGCCGUUCGAUUUCAAUCCAAAUGAUCCCAAGCUCAACACUAAGGUGACCAAGUGUGAAAACGAACGAAAUUUGCUGAUUUGGUUCAUCUCGAUGUACGGGAACAUUGACCCGGAUCUGAUCGUCACGCACGAUGUGUAUGGUUUCCAGUUGGAUCUGAUCUGCCAGCGGAUGAUGGCCAUCAAGAUUCAGCAGUGGGCUCGAAUCGGACGGUUGAAGAUGAAGACCCCCUCGAGCAAGAGGGUCGAUGACUUCUUCGUGGGACGGAUGAUUUGCGAUGUGAAAACCAGUGCCGAAGAGUUGAUCAAGUCCAGGAGCUACGACCUGAACACCCUUUGCACGGAGGUUCUCAAGGUGCAGGACGGCGAGCGGAAGGACGUCCUGCUGGAUGACAUUCCCGGGAUGUAUGAAAGCUCAGCGGACCUGAAGCAGCUGAUCGGUUUGACCAUGCAGGAUAAUUUCUACACCAUGAGGCUGAUGUGUGAGUUGAACGUGCUGCCGUUGGCACUGCAGAUUACGCAAAUUGCGGGCAACUUGAUGAACCGAACCCUGCAUGGAGGCCGAGCGGAGCGGAAUGAGUUCUUGCUGUUGCAUGCGUUCAGCGAGAAGGACUUUAUCGUGCCGGACAAGGCGCCCAAGGCGGGACAAGGUUUCACCCAGGAGGGUCCGGAAGCGAUCGCACAACGGCGCAAACCGAAAAGCAAAGCUGCCUACUCCGGUGGUCUGGUGCUGGAUCCGAUCAAAGGCUUCUACGACAAGUUCAUCCUGCUGAUGGACUUCAACUCUCUCUACCCGAGCAUCAUCCAGGAGUACAACAUUUGCUUCACCACCGUGUUGCCACCGGCCGCCGAGGACGAAGAGGGAGGAGGCGCUGCAGUCAUUCUUCAAACCGAGGAAAUGGGAAUUUUGCCACGUCAGAUCCGGAAGCUGGUCGAAAGUCGCAAGGCGGUGAAGCAGCUGAUGAAGGCGGCCGGAUUGGAGCCGGAAUUGAAGAUGCAGUACAACAUCCGCCAGAUGGCACUCAAGUUGACGGCCAAUUCGCUGUACGGCUGUUUGGGUUACACCAGAUCGAGGUUCUACGCGCAGCACAUGGCCGCGUUGAUUACGUUGAAGGGACGGGAGAUUCUGAUGAACACCAAGAGCAUCGUGGAGAAGAUGAACUAUCAGGUAAUCUACGGGGACACGGAUAGUAUCAUGAUCAACACCAAUAGCACCGACUACGAGCAGGUGUUCAAGAUCGGUUCCAACAUCAAACAGAUCGUUAACAAGACCUACAAAUGUCUGGAGCUGGACGUGGACGGAAUCUACAAAUAUCUGCUGCUGUUAAAAAAGAAGAAGUAUGCAGCCGUUACGAUUUCCAAGGCAGGAGACGACUACAAGUGCACCCAGGAACUGAAGGGUUUGGACAUUGUUAGACGUGAUUGGUCCAAACUGGCGGUCAUUGCCGGUAACUUCAUCCUGAAUGAGAUCCUCUCCGACAAACCGAUGGACGAACGGAUCGAAAAUAUCCACAUGAAGCUGGAGAAGGUCAAAGAUGAUUUGCUGAGUGGAGUGACGUAUCCCUCAUUGUUGGAAAUAACCAAACAGUUGACACGACCCUUGAACGAGUACUCGGAUACGUCCCAGCUGCCCCACGUUACGGUGGCAACGCGCAUGAACAAGCAACGGAAUCGUAACUUCAAGCGUGGAGAUGUCGUUGGUUAUAUCAUUUGCGAAGAUGGCACAUCCGCGGCAGCUAUGAAACGAGCUUAUCACAUAGACGAGCUGAAAGAUCCGGCCAACAAGGACAAAUUGAAACCGGAUGUUGAAUACUAUCUGGCGCAGCAGGUCUUCCCGGUGGUGUUCCGUAUCUGUGAACCACUGGAAGGAACCGAUGCUUGCCGGUUAGCACUCUGCCUCGGGCUGGAUCCGAAGAAGUUCCAAAGUUUAGGGGCCCUUAGAGACGGCGAAAGGGACUACGCCGACGGAGAAGCGGCUCAGAAAACCAUCACUCAAAAGUACCGACUCUGCCACCGGUUUGAGUUCACAUGUGUGACAUGUAGCACGAAGAAUCCCGUCGCCAGUGGCUUCAAGCGGGAUGGAGGAAGGUACAAAUCCGUGUUCGAGAAGUGCUGCAACGAAAGUUGCACCGUACUGCCCCAGCAGUAUCUACCGGCGAUAGUGAACGAGCUGACAUUGGCCCUUCGAAGCGACGUGAAGCGAUUCUAUGAGCGGUGGAUGAUUUGCGACAAUCCAAUUUGCAAUCAGAACACCAGGCUGUACUCUCAUGUGGCCACCAAGAACAACCCCCACUGCCUACACUGCCAGAAGGGUUUACUGGUGCAGCAGUACUCGGAAUCGGAUCUGUAUCUUCAGCUCAACUACUAUGGCUACAUGUUCGAUUUAAACCAAUACGACAACAAGGUUACGAAACUCCUAUCGCCCGAACUGCGCAACAUGUACACCACGCUGGGUGCAACCGUUGAACGGUUCCUAUCGCGGUCCGAAUACGCCAACAUCAAACUGUCCACCCUCUACUUGAACUACGUCAUCAACCCCAGUUCGCGCCAAGCGAAGAUCUAUCCCGUCAAAGAGCUGGCCGAUACCAUUGCCAGCGAGGAAAAGUCCUCCUCUGUCAUGGGAGCGGGCCGAGUUCGCUGGGAUCAAUACAUAAACUACGGAUGAAGCUAUUUUCUUAUACCUAUAUAUUUUU